UAUCUGAGAGGGAAAUUACAGCGUUGGCCACCAUGACGGGGCCGCGCUUCUAUGCGCGUUCACGUGUGGUUUCCAGUGUGUUAGCGAGACCGACAAUUCAUCAUCACAGUCCAUUCAAUUUCUACUCAGACGCUGACCUAUUCAGAGCUACAGCAAUGGCCUCCGGUGUGAAAGUCACAGAUGAAGUUAUCGCCGUCUUCAACAACAUGAAGGUGCGCAAAGCUCAGGCGAAUGAAGAUGAGAAGAGGAAGAGGAAGAAGGCUAUUCUGUUCUGCUUAAGCAAGGACCUGAAAAACAUUGUACUGGAUGAUGGCAAAGAGAUCCUGCUGGGUGACUUGGGAACCACCGUCCAGGAUCCAUACCAGCACUUUGUGAAGAUGCUGCCCCCAGAUGACUGCCGCUACGCCCUGUAUGAUGCCACAUACGAGACCAAAGAAACAAAGAGGGAGGACUUGGUCUUUAUCUUUUGGGCUCCCGAUUCUGCUCCCCUGAAGAGCAAGAUGAUUUAUGCCAGUUCAAAAGAUGCUAUCAAGAGAAAAUUUGAAGGUAUCAAGCAUGAGUGGCAGGUGAACGGUUUUGAGGACCUCAAAGACCGGCACACCUUGGCAGAAAAGCUGGGUGGCUCGUCAAUAAUCAGCCUGGAAGGAUGCCCUAUAUAAAUACUGCUCCUCCUCCCUCUCUGGCUUCGAUCGAGGCCUUUCAGACACAUCUGUGGGGUUUAGCUGUUCAUUCCAGUGUGGUUUGGAAAGGGGCAAAAGCAGAACCAGUACCAUUUCUGGGACCCUUGGGGUGGGAUAAUGUGGGUGGGUUUGGGGUUAAUUGACAGAUAAAAAAUGAAAAAAAAAAAGAAAAGAAAUUCCACAAAAUGCAGACUGUCAUUCCAGUUCACGCAACAUAAAGAAAAUGAACAAAACACUUACUAAGAAAAAAGAAUUAAAGAUAAAAUUGAGGAAGGAUGAUGAAGAUCAACUUAAAAACAUAACUUUCAUGUUUAAGGACAGGGUUUUGUUCUCUUCGGGUUCCAUUUGAAUGAUUGCAGAGAAAGGGACAGGCAUCAAACUUUAGCUUCCAACCAUCAAAUUUGACAAAAGUAAUUGUUCCAACUACAUUUUUUUGCCAAACUUCUAGAUAAGUUUUGUAAGUGUGUGUAGUUGAAACUAGGUGUAGUAAGAACUAAUUCCCUAUUCAUUGCACAAAGUGUAUCAAACCUUCUCGGGGAACACGGUUAGAUACAUUUAUUUUAUUUUGAUUUUUUUGUUUUGUUAUUCCAUUGUUCUUUCUUUUUUUUCUUUUUUUUUGAACAUGCAAAUUCCAAAACUUGAGUGAUUCCUUUUUAUUUCCAGUUCUGGGUCAGAAACCAUUGCAUUCGAUGUAGUAACAGACAACAUUCCUUGUACUUGUUAAAACCAGGAUCCUCUUGAUUUAAAUUUUUGGUGUUAUGAUGGUCUAAUGGGGAGCGAUGUGUAUAUGAAAGACCAGCGGUCAGAGUUAGACUGAUUAUUGAAUGGUGGAUGUUUUGUAUCGUCUCCUUAUCUCUAAUAAAAAGCACUAAACUAAUAA